AUGAGUGUUUCUCUAGCUGGUUUGACAAGUCUACUUCAUCAUCUCCAACACCAGAAAACAUCAGCUAAAACCUGCAAACCUUCAGGGAUUGUAAACAUAGAUGAUCACGGUAGUUGCUGCAUUGAUGAAGUUGGAGCUUUGCAUAUUGACGCAGACUGUGUUGUUCAUUACGGUCAAACAUGUCUAAGCCCGACAUCGGUUCUUCCAGCAUUCUUCGUUUUCGGGAAAGCUCCGAUGAACGUCUCAAGCUGCGUUAAGCAUCUGAUAGAUUAUGCGUCACAGAGCGAUAAGCCUAUUAUGAUUCUUUAUGGACUAGAAUACGCCCAUAUGAUUCCGCAUAUCCGAGAAGAAUUAGGAUUGUCAAAGACCGAAUCUCAUCAGUUGAAGUUCUCUGUAGCCAAUGUCUUGUGCUCAUUUAUUAGUCAAUCCAAAGACCCUAGAGAGUCCAUGGAGCAUCCGAGACCAUAUAGUGAUAGCUUAUCCUCAUCUAGAAACUAUAGUCUGGGAGGGCUAACUUGGGACUUGCCAGAAGGAAGCAAAAUCGAGGACUAUCUACUUUUCUGGAUCGGUUCUGACAGUUCAGCUUUCGCCAAUGUAGUACUGACCUUCAAUGGUUGUGACAUAGUCAGAUAUGAUGCUGAAGAAGAUUCUUUGGUGACGGAAUUUUAUCAACAAAGAAGGAUACUUAUGCGACGAUAUUACUUGGUGGAAAAAGCCAAGGAUGCGAAUAUUGUAGGUAUUUUGGUAGGGACUCUUGGUGUUGCUGGUUACCUUCAUAUGAUUCACCAUAUGCAAGCACUCAUAUCUGCAGCUGGCAAAAAAUCGUACUUUCUUGCCAUGGGACGACCUAAUCCGGCCAAACUCGCAAACUUCCCCGAGUGCGAUGUAUUCAUCUACAUCUCAUGUGCCCAAACCGCUCUUUUAGAUAGCAAAGAGUUCAUGUCCCCUGUCAUGACUCCGUUGGAAGCCAAUCUUGCUUUUAGCAGAGGGAGUGAAUGGACUGGUGCAUACCUAAUGCAAUUCCAAGACGUGAUCAACUCUGUAAAAUUAGAACCAGUUGCUGCAUUGAUGAAGUUGGAGCUUUGCAUAUUGACGCAGAGUGUGUUGUUCAUUACGGCCAAACAUGUCUAAGCCCGUGAGUCAAUCGACAGAGCAUAAAUACCAAACGUCUUUCAACAACAAAAAUUGAACAUUGACAAGCUGAAAGGGCAGAGACAAGACUGGAACGUCUUCCAACGCUAUUAAUGUAUCGGCUUUAUCCAAGUCAAGAAGAAAAUUUGAGAGCGAGAGAGAACGACGCAAACAGUAAACUAAAUAAGCAGCAACAACUUGGCAUAUUAUAGAUUAUAGGAAAUAAUUCAUUAACUUAAACCAUUCAUA